GAACGAGCCCUCUCACAGGCCUGUAUUCCUUCAGUGGAAUGGGGCACGGCAAGGAGGCGAGCUUCGCAGGAAGAGGCGGGCCGCGCGUCGCCUGCUUCAAAGGCCCAGGCGCUAUGCCGUCCAUCCCUGACAUCAACUAUGCCUCCUUCAUGCUACAGCGCAUGCAGGCUCAUGGGGACGCCGUCGCAAUGGUUGACGCGGAGGCGAAAGGUCGCCGUACUUACGCAGAGUUGUGUGAACUGAUUCCCCGAGCAUCCGGAGGUCUGAAGGCCGCCGGCGUGAGGCCCGGCGACGUAGUCCUCCUCGUCACAGGGAACCACGUCGACUAUCCCCUGGCGAUGCUGGCCGUCAUGCACAGGGGAGCCACCUGUGCCCCCAUCAGCCCUGCCCUUAAGCCAGAUGAACUUGCCCACGUUGCCAAGGUGAGCGAGGCAAGCUACGUGAUUGCCUGUGCAUCUGCGGUAAGAGCCGUGAAGGAGGCCUACUCCCGUUUGCCGAAAUGGAAGCUCAAGGGGCUGUGGGCGCUCGACUCCUCACAGGGUUCUGUCCCGUUCGAACAUCUGCUCCAACAAGACCCAAUAGCUGCGUUUAGCAAGGACGAUGGUUUGGACCCGGCCAUGUCGGUGGCGCUACUACUCUUCUCCUCUGGAACAACUGGACUUCCCAAAGGCGUGAUGCUUUCUCACCGCACGCUCUUGGUACCGCAUAUCCGUAGUGUGUACCAGAGCAGCCUCAGCCCAAAGACAGCGAAUUCUGCUGCAGAGCUUUAUAGGUCUGUCAUGCUGCUGUUGCCCUUCUCCCACACGUACGGCCACGGAAUGGUUGUCGCGACCUUGUUUUACGGAGGCUCGGUGGUCGUUCUACUGAAAUUCUCACCGAAGAGCUUCUUUGAAACCAUCGAAAAGUUUAAGGUAACGUUGGCCCCAAUCGUACCAUACAUCGCAAACUUCCUGAUAGACACGCCCCUCAUGAAACAGUACGACAUCUCUUCCCUAGUGGGAUUCACCACUGCCGCCGCCCCGAUUUCCGGCGCUGCUCUCACCUCCCUCAUGAAAAAGAGUGGGCGAGUUGUUGGAGCAGCUUAUGGGUUAACAGAAACGAACGGCGCUGUGUCAGUGAACAGCAGAGGGUUUGGCUUCAAGCCGGAAUCGGUGGGCCGAAUCGUUCCAUUCAGUGAAAUUAAGGUGGUGGAUGUGGAGAGCGGGCGCAUGCUCGGCGACGGGCAGGAGGGGGAGGUGUGCGCCCGAGGUCCCAACAUCAUGCUGGGUUACGUGAACGACCCAAAGGCUACGGCUGCUGCCCUUGACGCUGAGGGAUGGUUCCACACUGGGGACAUUGGAUACUUUGAUGAAGACAAUUUCUUGUUUAUUACAGAUAGAAUUAAAGAUCUAAUAAAAGUGAAAGGUCUCCAGGUGUCUCCCACUGAACUCGAGGUGCUCCUGCUGAGCCACCGCGACGUGGAAGAUGCCGCAGUGGUCGGUGUCCCGCAUGUCAAACUAGGCGAGGCCCCUCGCGCCUAUGUUGUGCUCAGGAAUGGGACAACUUUGCACCCACGUGAACUUGAAAAAUUCGUUGAAGAACGUGUGAGUGCCUACAAACAACUCGCAGGUGGAGUGAAGAUCGUUGAUGCCAUCCCCAGAAACCCAGCUGGGAAAAUCCUCAGAAGGCAGCUGAAGAGGGAACUCGUGACUUCUAAACUGUGAGCUUUGUCAGGAGCGGUGGGCCCCAGACAAAGGCCAUUCUGCAGAACCUCAUCCCACAUCAGUUUACUUGCAUAUUCUAUUUUCCACGAAAUACUGCUGCAUGAAAUAAGAUAAACUUGGGUCACAUAUCCAAAAAUCAUCAGAGAACUAGCAUAAGAAAAUACAUGAGUAACAAAGAGAAAUGAACAACUUAGUUGGUGACAUACUGUACAUACAGUCUUGACAGAUAAUUUUUCACCAGAGAGUAAUGAAAGGCAGCCACUAUAUUUGAGCAAGACUCUGACUGACUGACUCUCUCUCUCUCUCUCUCUCUCUCUCUCUCUCUCUCUCUCUCUCUCUCUCUCUCUCUCUCUCUCUCUCUCUCUCUCUCUCUCUCUCUCU